CUCUGAUUGACUCCACUUAUCUCAAUUUACGAACGAACAAUCUUCUUAUCUCCGUGCAUCCCAUCUCUAACGUUCUCCAUCAUGUCACGAGAUACAAUUAGUGAUCAUGCCAUAAAUUAUAUCCCAGGUGAUCUACAAGAUGACUUGGAAAUCCAGGCCUUUCCAACUCUCACAACUCGUUUUGUCUGCGACUGCGGCAAAUCCUACAUGCGCAAAGAGCAUCUUCGACGUCAUCAAACGACUCAUACUGGACAACCACACAAGUGCCACAUCUGCGGGCAAACCUAUUGGCGCAAUUCAUGUAUAGGGACGUCCUCCAGCGCCAUCUAACCACUCACGAAGCCAAAUCUUCAGCUAGACCACGGGCUUGUGACGCUUGCCAUGCAAACAAGACCAAGUGUGAUGGUAAUGGGGUAAUAGACUGCACAUUCUGUAAGAAAAAGUCUAUCGAUUGUAUUUAUUCGCCGCCUCGAUCAAGGACACGAAGAAGUGCCGGCCCUGGGAGAAACGAAAAGUCGCAUCUGGAUGACCACGCACCACCCAAUGCCACUACGAGUUAUCCUGCUCAAAUUGUGAUAUCCACAAUCAUCAAUAAGCCUAGUGGUAUACCUUCCAUGGCGAAAGCAAGGUCAUGCAGCUAUCUAAAUGCUUUACCUCCUUCGAUUUCGCAUGUUGACCCUGGUCCUGAACCCGAAUCCUCUGAUGAUGCGGCUAAUCUAAAAAUGAUGCUUCGAGAACUAUCUUCAUCACUGUCUACGUCGACUACCUUGCACAACAGAGACUCUUCCAAUGCUUUUAACCAGUGGCUUCGAGACUGUUUUAGCUCAUAUGUCGAUCAUUUUCAUCACAGAUGGCAUAUAAUCACCGCGCCCACUUAUAAUUUCAAUGAGAAGAGUUAUGACAAUGCGACAUCCGUCGUUGUGAUUGGAUGCUACCUUCUCCAGAAGGCGCACCUAAAAAGUAUAAUCCUCGAAAUUCAUAUUCAACUAGUGAAUCGCUAUCUACAGCUGUUGGACUUUAUUCUGAAAAACAAACGAGUACCAAAUGCCAUGAGAUGUCUUGAGACUUACCAGUCGAUUCUAUUAAAUAUUAUCUUUGGACUGUUAUUCCUAGGUCAAGAAGGAAUAGUGGCAAGGAUCAACUUACUAUGUGGUCGACUGAUCGAGACACUGCGGAAUACUGACUUUCUCAACAAAUCCCAUGCGCAGGGUGUUCUUCAGAAUGAAUUCCCUGGGGAUUAUAAUCAUUGGGUUGAAAUGUUUACAGAUGAGUGGAAAAGACUCGUAUCUAGUCUAUUCAAAGUGGACACGCAAUUAGCUUUCGUUUGCAAGCAGCGUCCCCGAUUACUUGCGAACGAACUUGACCUCACUCUGCCGUCAACCUUUGCUGUUAGAAACUGUUGGGAUAUGAAUGUCUUCCUUCGCCGUCAGCAACGCAAGACUUCGGGUCGUGACAUCAAGAUGUCGUGGAUGAUUAAACAUCCCGACAGAUUUCUCCCGGACCCAUUGCUUGUUGAAGACAUUCAUCUCGGGCUUUGUGGUCUGACGUUCGAUAUCUUCGAACAAGCACAGAUUCGUGCUGCCUUGAAUAAGCAAGAUAACACUAUAGCGGACUCUACACGCGAUAGUGUGGUACAACGGCUUGCAAUAUGGGUCAAGCAUGUAGAGGUUAUGACUGAGAAGCUUUAUUCUGAUGUGUCUGACCCAACAGAUGACGGUCUUCUAAGCGCAUAUCUUUCGCAAGAGGACGAGACUAAGGGCUUAACUAAAGAUCGGUUACUUAUUAGACGCCGUAUUAAUGAUGUGUACUCGGAAGUGAUUAUUUUAUAUCAGCGACUUCAGGCUCUGCUGUCUGCUAGCCAAUGAAAUAGAAGUUAUAUAUUUAGCCUUAUAUAAAAUAGUCCUUACUAACUAUGCCGAGGCUUGCUAAGAUAAUAAUAGUAAAAAGGGUAAUUUGGACUAUAAAUAUAAGAGUAGUGUUAAAAAUAAAGUAGUAUAAAUAGAUUAGUAAAG